AUGGCGGACCACGAGCACGGCGAGCCGGUAGAACCUGGGUCUCCCAGAGACACAAGGGAAUCUACUGCGGAGACCUCUGAUCAUGAAAAUGACACGUUCGAGGAUGCCAACGAUACCGCAGAAAUUAACUCGGCGAAGAUGGCAACUGUAGUAAAGACACGAUCUCUCACUAAACGGCGAUCAUCCUCCGUCAAGAGCACCGCACAAGACUCGAUCACCGAAGCUCCCCCAGUCCCCGAUAUCCCUGACAUGGAAGCGAACGGCGAUGCAAAAAAUGUUGAAGGAGACUCCGCACAACCCAAAUCUCCUCUCCUAACUUCUCGCCGCCUUUCGACAAGCUCCCUCGAUAAUGUCAGCCUUGAUGAGGAUGGGACAGCAGCGAAACCUGCCACUCCUCCUAAAGAUGUGGCAGAAGAUUCAAAGCCGCCCGACGUCCCCCCAAAGAAGUCAUCCUUUCAAGGGUUAUCUGGUGUGCUCCCAUCAGGACCUUGGUCUCCUCCUCCUCAAGCUCCUUCAGCUUCGAUGAUGCAUGGUGGCCCGCCCCCGCCCCCGUCAAGGAAAUUAACAAGUCCCUUCUCCUGGCUCUCACGGAAUUCAUCAUCAGCUCCCAAGGAACCGGUGACGUCUCCACUACCGCCCUCCAUCAACACGAACGAACGAAGAAACACUGGGUCAUCAAUCGCGACAGUUGCCAGCAAUCCCGAGAUGAUGCUAAGCAAAUUGGAAGAAGGGGACGAGUCGGACAGCGCGAAUGGGAAUACGAAACCUGUACGACACAGCUUAAGAGACCGCUUCAAGCUCGUAAGGAUGCGCGAAGAGGCAGGCAUAACUGGUUUAGGAGAGGAAGAUAAGAGUGGAAGCGCAUUAGCCGGACUAGUCCAACGGGGUAGCCAAAGCACAAUAUCAGAGGAUCGUGAUGGACCCCUCGUUGCGCCAUCUCCCUCCACGCCAAAUCAUCCCACGAGUCCAAAUCCAGCCACCGCCAACCCGGCUCUAGCCCCAGGGACUGCGUCGGGUAUAUCUGCCGGCCCUUCUGCAAUGAGCGACCCAUCCGCACCUGUUGAUUGGGAUCUGUGGCAGUCGGUCGUAUAUGAAGGUCCAGCAGCAGUGGCUAGAACAAGCGCGGAGGAGUUAAAUAGAGCUAUAGCGACCGGUAUCCCACAUGCUAUACGCGGCGUGGUAUGGCAGGUACUUGCUCAGAGCAAAAAUGAAGACUUAGAGACCGUGUACCGGGAUCUCGUGGUACGGGGCACGGAUAAGGAAAAGGAUAGGAUGAGUGCAUCGAGCGGGGCUGCGAGCAUGGCCAACAGUACAGCCUCUGUCAAUGGCAAGGAAAAGGACGAAGUGGCAUCAUCAGCAUCGUCAAUCCAUUCGGAUCAAUCUGCGCCGGUACAGACCCAGCUAAAUGGGUUGAGAUCCCCUAGCCCGCCGAAGGAUCCAGAUGCCCUAUCAAAGGCGCAGGCCGCUUCGAUGGCACAAAAGAAGUUAAAAGCCAAAGCGGAUGCGGCUGCAAUUCAUAAACUUGAGAAGGCAAUCCGGCGGGAUCUAGGGGCACGAACGAGUUAUUCCAAAUUUGCUGCAGCCUCUGGGUUGCAGGAGGGCCUCUUUGGGUUGUGCAAGGCUUACGCGCUCUUCGAUGAAGGCGUUGGAUACGCCCAGGGCAUGAAUUUCCUGGCCAUGCCUCUACUCUUUAACAUGCCGGAAGAAGAAGCUUUCUGUCUGCUAGUGCGGCUGAUGAACCAAUAUCACUUGCGAGAUUUAUUUAUUCAGGACAUGCCCGGCCUACACAUGCACCUCUAUCAGUUUGAGCGAUUAUUAGAAGAUUUUGAGCCGGCUCUAUACUGCCAUCUCCACCGUCGCCAAGUCACACCACACUUAUACGCCACGCAAUGGUUCCUAACGCUUUUCGCUUACCGGUUUCCCCUGCAACUAGUUCUUAGAAUAUACGAUCUCAUUCUCAGUGAAGGACUGGCAGCCAUUCUGAAAUUUGGAAUCGUCCUUAUGCAAAAGAAUGCCCAGGCAUUACUUGCCAUGAAUGAUAUGGUCGCACUCACGUCAUUUUUGAAAGAUCGGGUAUUCGAUGUGUACAUCGACCAGGCGCCAUCCGCAGGGUCAAUUCUUGAAUCGGGAUUCUUUGGUAGCUCAGGUGCGAGCAUCGAUAAGGAGGUCUACCGAGCAGAUCACCUGAUCCAGGAUGCAUGUGCCGUUAAAAUCACGCCAGAGUUGCUCAAAACCUACUCCACUGAAUGGGAAGAAAAGAACCGGUUGGAGAAAGAGCGCGAGCUGGAACUUGAGACGCUAAAGGCGUCAAAUCACGCAUUUAGUCUUAAGAUACGAAGACUGGAAGAGAGAGUGCAAGAUCAUGAUACAGAGCAUGCAGCUCUUGCGACCGAGCUAGUCCGAACGAAGGUCGACGAUGAGGAAUUAAGGGAUGAGAAUGAGUCGCUGAAGGGACAGGUCCAAGAGCUUCGAAUCGUAGUCCAGAAACAACCCGAGGAGGUUGAAGAGCGGCUGAAGAGCGAGAUGGAGCGUCUGAUGAAGAGAAACCAAGAAGUCCACGAGGAGAACACCAAACUGGAAGAGGAGAUGAGCGAGAUGGAGAAGACUCUUGUGGAGACUAAGAUGAUGUACGCAGAGAUCAACUCCCAGUACGAGGCUCUUACUCGGAAAUGGACCGAUCUCCGAAAAGCACUCGAUUGA